GUCACUUAUAGCUAGUGGUGAAGCAGAUAGCUGGCCAGGGGAAGACAGCCGCCAUCACCUCACAUCUCACAUUAUUUUCCACCUUGUGAGACGUUAAACAGGAGGCUGUUUGGGGAGGGACGACCCCCGCCGCCGCUGACCAUGAGUUACGGCCGGGGACCCCCGGAUAUCAAGGGGAUGACGUCCCUGAAGGUGGAUAAUCUGACGUACAGGACGACGCCGGAGGACCUCAGAAGAUCCUUCGAGAAAUAUGGCGAGAUAGGAGACGUAUAUAUCCCCAGAGACAGGUUCUCCAGGGAGAGCAGAGGCUUCGCCUUCGUCAGGUACUAUGAUCGUCGAGACGCUGAAGAUGCGAUGGAGGCCAUGGAUGGACGAAGGCUAGACGGUAGAGAGCUCCGAGUACAGAUGGCACGAUAUGGAAGACCAGAGACCCCUCCACACCGAAGACGCCGCCGACGGUACUCGGACAAUUCCAGGUCAAGGUCCAGGUCUCGCUCUCGAUCACGGUCCCGGAGGAGGAGAAGGUCUUCACGGUCCAGGUCCAGAUCUCGCUCCCGUUCUCGCAGGCGCCAUUCUAGGUCUAGAUCUGGUAGCCGCAGUCGCUCACGAUCACAUUCGAGGUCACGUUCUGGAAGCAAGAGUCGCUCCCGCACCCCAGAUGAACGUCAAUCAAAAUCGCCCGAGAAACAGGAUAAGGAAAAUGGAAUGGAUGAGGCAGCAGCCAUGGAAGACGAACAGCAAUUGAAGCGCUCUCAUUCGCGCUCCAAGUCACGCUCGCGAUCUCGCUCACGUUCAAAGUCGAGAUCUAGGUCAAAGUCACGCAGCAAGUCUAGGUCCAGGUCACGCUCAAGGUCUAUGGAGUGAAGACUGGUUGAGCAAAGAAAGCAGUGGCCACAGUGGUCAAGCUGCACUGGAAAUGCUGAUUCCUCUCAAUUCCUGUCCAGAUAUUUGCAGUACUGGCAUGCUGGGCAGGUACUUGUUCAUUUCCGUGCUUACUGUGUACUGGAUCCCUGUCAUCUUAAGCUAAUUAGUUUAUUUGUCAAGGCUGAUGGUUACUCCCAUGUUUUAUAGUUAUUAUUUCUUAGUCUGUUUCUCUCUCUCUCUGUCCACUCAUAAGGUUAAGAAACAUUUUGAGGGUUUUUUUUUUUUAUUUCUGCACACCCCUUUGGGCUUAUGUAUGGAAUGUUUAUAUCCUCCAAUUGACAGGUGGUCUGCCUGCUUGGAUCAUGCUCAUUAGUUGUGAACAUUUUUCUCAAAUGUUUGGGAUCACCCAAUUGUAGUUCAAUUUCCAUGACUGAUAAUUCAGUUAACUAUUUUUAUCUAUUCUCAUUAUUUUUUAUGGGGUUUUUCAAAUAUAAUUGACAUGCUGUGGUAAUAAUUAAAAGUUAGAAUUUUUUUUUUAUUAAUGCCAUGGCUGGUUCCACCAUGAGCCAAGUUAGGAUGCAGUCUUGUUCAGAUGCAGGUUAGGUUAAACCUAAAAAUGUUUUAAUAUGUUUAUUAUUUGUAUGAAAUAUCACACCACCAGAAUUGUCUCUUGAAGCUCAGACAUGGGUCUUGUCAGAUUACACUUAGCCAUGUGCAUUAACUUUGUAUGCUUAGGAAAUAAAAUUGACAUGAAUGUCACAGACAGGACUUUCCUAUUCCACAUGCCAAAGGCUGGUAAGAGUAUGGAGUAUUGUGUGUAUUUACCCUUGUAGUAGCCAUGUGCUGAUGUAUAUUUCUACGCGCACAGGGCGUGGCAGUUGUUGCUGUUGUGUUGCUGUGGAGUAUGGCGGGUUGCUGUAGUGCGGUGUUAUGGCGGGAGCCGAGGCAGAGCCAGUCAGGCAUGCAGCCGACGGGGGGGGCCGCAAGGCGCAGUACUGGCUCGCAGGGCACCAGACCACUCCUCCCCUAUCACCUGCUUGCUCUCUCAUUGCUCCUUAUUCCGCACCAUCCACUGCUUGACACAUUCCCAUCCUACAUUUCCUCUUACCUCGGUUUCUUUAACAACCACUGCCCCAUCACAACCAACAGCCCACUUACAUUUCAAUAUUAUCCCUACCCCUAAAUCCAGUUGAUAAAAAUCCUCUUCUCCUAGGCCUUAGCUCCACGGGGAGUAAUGAUUAUUAGGUUGAACUCUCAAUCCAACUGAAAACACAUUAAGGCUGUUCUAAAGCUUUCGUUAACUUUUAUUUUGUUUUCAUAUAUGAGAAGUUGGCAAGGAGUGUAGUAACUAAUGUUAUCCUUUUUUCCUCCUGACUGUUGACACUGUGGUGCCCUGUGAUGCUGAGGAGGCGACUGACAGCUGCGUGCGGUCACCGGACAAUGGUGACUCGCUGCAGCUGUGGCGACCCUUGCAACGCUGAGGGUGGUGGGUGAAAGGGCGGGUGGGCUGGAGAGGGUUGGGCAGCAGAUGGCUACAUGCAGGCUCCCACAAGAAUCACUAGAAAUUAGCUUGGUGGCUACAUGCAGGCUCCCAGAAGUAUCAAACACUGCACACUUAUCUAGCUUGUGCCUACCUUUUUUUAAGCUGACAAAAUUAUCGACUUCGCUAGUAAUGUUAUUUGAAGGAUGAAAAAGACAUUUUUAUAUCAGCCUAGUGGUCAGCUAAGUACCUAACCAAAACACACAGACACUUCUUAACCCAGUAGACUAUUGUACACUAAUACAUACACUCUGCUUUAGCCUUUUGUACCUCUGAUCUGUGCCAAUGCUCACUUACGCCUAGUGGCAAGUCGUAGGUGGUUUUGACUGCUGUCAUCUGCCUGCGAGAUUGCAGAGAAUUUUUUUUAUACUGUGAACAAGGCCUCAACUUUAUGCUUCAUAUCACAAGGAAUCUAAUGCCAAGAAGCAACCAUGCGUAGUGACAGUCCACACGUGGGGGAUAGGACAAAUAUCCCAGAAAUACACUGACCUGGGCUUGAACCUCCCAUGGCCACCAUGUUAUGGUAUGGUACACAAUUUCUGAGGGAAAUAGUAUGCUGCUAAUAGAUCAGAUACGAACUGGGCAAAGCUUUUGUCUUUGCAUAAUGGAAACUGAACUGAUGUUUGUCCAGGCACAGUAACAUUAAGGAACAAAUGGGAAUCUUGCUUCAGCCCUGGUCACUUAUUCGUCAUGUAAUACUUCAAAGGGGCUUCCUCACCCUAAAUGUAUGUCAAAGGGUGCUAUGGAUGACAAGCUAAAAAAUGUAAGGACUCUGAAGGGAGUUUCUUGCGUGUUGAUAAGCACUAUCCGGUAACUGGUUUGCAAGUUGGCAUCAUUGAGAAUUGAGGUAUACAGGAUAAAAAAAAAAAAAGUCCUUGAUGCCAGAGGUAAAUGACUGCUGGUUAGGUGCUUAGUGAGCUGUUAGGCCCCCAAUUCAUAAAGAGCCGAAGUUCUAUUCAUUAGCAUGAUCUUUGUACACGGUAGCCCUUGUGGUUUAGCGCUUCUUUAUUAUAAUAAUUUGUACACGGUAGUGGAAUACGUUGAUAUCUGGCAACUAGCUCAAUAUAUGCACAAUGUCAAAAUUAUAGAUUUUUGUAUUGCACACUUAAUUAUUUUUGCUAGUUUCUUAGAAUUGAUUUAUGUAGGUGAUGUACAAGAACAGUUGAUAUCUUUUGACAUUUAUGAAGCUAGCCAGACAUGAGCAACAAAAUGCAGCCUGCAAAAUAUAGCUAUAAAUAUAGAGGUAAGAAAUAUAAAGUAGACACAUACAGAUAACUAGGUAAAUGAAGCCUGGAGAAUAAUACAUGUAUUUAUAUUUAUAUGUAUACUGUAUAUAUAUAAAUAUAGAAUAUAUAUGAAUUAGUUAGGCCUAAUGUAUGGUUUCUUUUCCAGAACGUCAUCACCACCGUGAUCUCUAAUUUUAGUUUUGAGACUUCGGUUUCUCGUGGAGAGGCUAUCAUGGAUUGGCUGUGUGAAUUGCUCUUAUGUAUGGGUUGUUUCAAACUGCAUCUGCAUGUGAUUAUCUCACUGGGAAUAUUAUUUAAGCUUUUAAAAAAAAAUUUGUUAGGGAUUAACAGUUGUAAUUUGCAAAUGGUUACUUAAUGUCAGUCUUUUACUCUGUGUUCUGAACUCUUGGGCUGUGUAAUAUUUAGAGCAUUUCCAUCAGUUGUGAGGUAUCUUAUAAAUUCUAAUUCCUCAACAGCACUGUAUAGCCCUUGUGGCUUAGCGCUUCUUUUUGAUUAUAAUAAUUUAAUUCCUCAAAAUAGGGUUUUUGCCUUUUAUUUUAACUAAUGCUUGUUGAUGAAAUUGUGUGAAUGGAAGAUGGUGGAACUAGUUGAUGCAUUAACACAAUAUUGGAAAUUCCUCUCCCACUCUUUAUCUUCUCCUACCUCAUGCCUUGCAUGUCUCCUCAUUUUUUUUUUCCUCUUGUACACCAAGGCAUGUCAGACAACACUAGUAUAUAUUUUGACAUGAGUUCUAUUGCUGUCUCAAUGUGAAUGUCGCAGUUGUACAGGUUGGUGCUUAGGCACUCGAAAUGGGGGGGAGAACAUAGGGUACAUUUCUUAAAUUUGUACAUUUUAUAAACUUUUGGAUAGAUAACUGCCCAAAGUGGGUUGAGGAAGGGAAAUCUGUUGCUACUUCAUUGAAGAUGACUUUUGCCAACUCCAUGGAAACAUUUUUUUAUGGGCUGUUAUUAUCUGGAUGUCUUUUUACAGUCAGAACAUUUUUUUCUCAGCAGUAGUUUUCAACAAAGUUUAAUUUUUUUUUGGGGCGGGAGGGGGCUUGAUUUAAAGUUUCAUAUGUACAGUACUAUGUAAAUCAGUAUUAUCAAAAAAUUUAUAUUUGAGUUUUUCUUGUGUUGAGGUUGAGUUAUAGAUAUUUGUCAGUGAACUUCUGAUGAGAUGUUUAACCCUUGUGGUUUAGCGCUUCUUUUUGAUUAAAUAAUGAGAUGUUUCCAUGGCUUUGUUAGGUACAGCUGGUGGAGAGUCUGUCUGUUUUUUUUUCAUUCUUAAUAUGUGAAGUCUUAAUGUUAAUUUUUUUUAUAGAGGAAAACCAGACUUCUGUUUAAUUUUUUUGUAGGUAAGUAUUGUAGUAUUUCAAAAUAAAAUAUAAAAAGUUC